AUGCCCGUCCCUUACACCGGCGGCGUCGAAGCGCAACAGGUGCGCGUCGUCGUCGAGACGCGACGCGGAAGGCCUCGCGUCCGCGCGCUCGUCGCGUUCGAUGUCGCCGUCGCGCGCGUCGUCUCGCGCCGCGCGGGCGCGGAACCCGUCCGCGCGACCCGCCCCCUCCCCUUCCCUCCCCGCUUACGUCGUCACUCAUUCAUUUCCGCGCGCGUCCGUCAGGCGGACGAAGCGAAGCUCAAGAAGUUCGAGGACUACGCCGAGAACGGCGGCGGCGGCAAGGAAGCGCAAGAGCUCCUCGCGGAGAUGCGCGAUCACACGGAGAAGCUCGCGAAGCUCCGCAAGCACGAGGACCCGCGGAUGUCGUUCAACACCCCCGAGUUCAAAGAGUUUUCCCGAAAGUUCACGGAGAACUUCAAGCGCAACUUCGGGAAGCCCAUCGAGUGGGGGAUGGUGAAGAAGUACCCGUGGUCCGAGCCGCAGCUCCAGAAACUCGACGUCCCGGUAGACCCGGACGGGAACCCGUGGCCGCUCGACGACGCGGGGAAGCCCAUCCUCAAGGAGUGA